AUACAAAUCAAAUAAACAAUAGUGGAGAUGUCAUAUCGAAUAUAGAUCAAAUCGAAGUAAAGAAUAACUUGAAUGGAGAUGUCACAUCGAAUACAAAGUUUAUUUCAAUACUUAAAGUAGAUGUAUCGAAUAACAAUUAUAUGUGGAUACCUGAUCUCAAUCAAACAAAUCCAAAAAAAAGUAAAAAUAUUGGCGGUAUAGUAGGUGGUGUCAUAGGUGGAAUUUUAGGUGCUGUUAUUUUAGUUUUUGUCAUAUACAUGUAUAAGUAUAAGCAGAAAGAUUUAAAAAGCGGUAAUGAAGUUAUUCAACAACCUACAUCAGAACCUAUCACAAACGAUACUAACAAUCAAGUUAUGCGACAGCCAAUUAUUUCCUUUCGAUCGCCAAUAUCCUUUCGUUCGCCAAUAAUUCUUUCCAAAGAAGAAUGA